GAAAAGAAACUUAGCAAAGCAGAGCAAGCAUCUCUUAACCAAGAUCAAGAAUCUGACACUGGGUGCUCCACUUCUGAAAAGAUACUGGAGGUAUCGAAUCCUGUGACUAAAAUUUCAGCUGGGAUCCCUGGCCAAAAUAGCCAUAGGAAGAAAGGUGCAGAAAACAUCGUACAAUUGAUAGCUGACGGUAUUAAGGAUGAUGUCCAAUUGAGCGACAAAACCAUUCCUUACGAU